CAAUUUGCUCUAGCAGGUCUUUCAGAAUAUGACGAGGACCCGAGACUAUCAGCGAGGCAAUUUCCACAUCAAAGGCUAGACUUGGAGGAAGAUGAGAAAAGAAAACCAAGUCCCAAGGGCGGACAGCAGAGGCCAAGAUUACGGGAUGACGACCGGAAAGGCCACUUGGAUGUAAUAUUACGUGCGACUGAGCAGUUUCUCGCUCAAGGAGAUGUCGCAAAAGCCGCCAAAGCUUUUGGCAUUAUACUUCAGCUAAGGCCAAGGACGCAAUUCAUUGAUAUCCGGCUUCAUAAUCUGUGGUCCAUCGGAGCAGAGAUUCUCAUGCGGCAGAGGGAGAAGCUGGAAAACGCAAAUCAGCAUUUACCAGAGCAUUCAUCCCCUGGUCAAGACGGUCAUGCUUUUCCAAUGGCCGAAUCUCGAUGGAGAUUUUCUAGCAGCAUGAGCCAGAUAAAGUCAUAUUUUGAAACUUUGAUUCGCCGGUACGCAUUCGACCAUAAACUGCCACACAAGCUCUCGGCACUUGACUUUUGGUUGGCCUUACUGAGCUGUGAACUGGGUAACAUCUACACAGAGCAUUUAGGAGCCAUCGCUCGCCUGGAGAAGGAGAUCAGGCUCCAAAAUACAGAUCAUGCGCAUCCAGAUCCUUUAAUGUCGGCUUCACCCAGUACAGGCGAUCCUGGACAACCUGAUUUUGAAAGCGGUAGUUUUGAGCUACAGUAUGAAACAAAAGGGCACUGGGCCAAGAAACAAAAAGAAGCAAUCCGCCAACGCACCCUCGGGGGACUGCAGUAUAUUAACCUGAGGGCAGAGAAACUUAUGGACCAGCUACCGUACUCUAAAAACGCCCGUUUCUUGCAACUGAAAGAGAUGGCAUCGCUCCUCUCAGCUGACCUU